AUCACAACAACACGGCUCAAAGAUGGCGGCGCUGUCAUCACCGCUGCGAGUCUGCAGAGGGAUACUAAAAGAACUACGAGCCAUCCAGGGACCAACUUACAAACGCUCACUCGCCUACAACUAUGUGAUGGACCAGUUUCGCAAAAAUAAGGUUACAGGAGAAAGGUACUGCCGUGCCCAGCAGGAGGCACACCACGACUCACACACAUACCUGUGUUUGCUGGCGUCCACCAGGACUCACCUGGCCCUGCACAACCUUUACCACAGCAAGGGGGAGCGCAGCCCGGAGCAAGUGGCCGGCCUGGUGGGGCUCCGGUUGCCCACGCAGCCUGGAGGUAAAGGCUGGGAGAAGUGAGGACACGGGAGGGUGACCUGUUGGAAUAAAAAUUUUGAGACUCUUCAGAAAUGAUUUUUCUGUGGCUGAUUUAUCUGAUCACAUACAAAUCACCACAUGAAAAGUCCAAAGGGAUAAAGACGGGAGAUUGUGCCAUCAUGGACUCAACUUAUUGUUGUUGUGUGGUCUAAUAAUGGUCAAUAUGAGGAUAAUCUGGUCUGAGAGUGUUUGAGGUAACUGUGAAAAUAUAUGAUAAAAUUGAAAGAUGUGUUGUAAAGCUGUAAAUAUACUGCGACGGCUCAUCAACAUCUGCUUUUGUCUCUGUUUUUGGAAUUUUCCUAACCGUAAAAAAGGCAAAAGCAACUAUUCAAAUGGACUGUAAGUACAUUUUCAUUGUGAUUCAUAUGUCCCAUUAAAAUAUGAGUCACUGCUA